AUGGCACUUUCAAUUCCGUUAUCGCCUCCAACAACCCCAGAGCUCGCAUCUCAAGAAGUCCCCAUUGAAGCGAUGCCCACUCAUACGUCAAUAAUCCCUCGAGGCUUUACUGAUCUCCACAAUGCUCUCACCACAAUCGGCACACAGCAAAAUGUCAUUGGAGUCUGUUUUGAUUUCUUACCACCAACUAAAUCUAAAGGCACAGACUAUAUGAUCAAAUUCCGCUUGCAUGACCCAUCAUGGAACGGGGUGGGGGGGAUGGAAUUCCGAUACUUUCGCGGUUCCAAGGAACAAUUACCCCGUAUCGAAAAUCAAGGGGACGUGGUGAUCCUGCGCCAAAUCAAGACAGCAAGCUUCAAUGGCUCUUGUGGCCUUUCGAAUCGUGCGACUGAAUGGUCCGUUUUGCCUUUCAGUGUCAUGCAAGGCUCGCUUGAUAAUAUCAAGUCUGCAGCCUUACAUUCUUUUCAAGGCAGAGCAAGCUCCCAGAAAUUUCUGCCCACCAUUGCAGAACUGCAAUACGCAAAGUACAUCUCAGAGCAGGAAGAUCCAAAUAGAUGGCCAGCUGUGGUCAACACAGCUAAUCUCCCCACUAGCAGUCUGCAACACGCAGAUGACCAAUCACGUCCUCGCAAAAAGAAGUUCACCGAGAUCCAGGCCAUUGAGAAGCCUAUCAAUGGGCCACCAGUCUAUGUUGAGCUCUUGGGGGAAGUGAGAAAAAUUUUCUCCUCUGAUCUGAGAACCGAGCUCUCCAUAACAGACUACACCUCAAACUCUUUACUUUACGACUAUCAGUAUGGCGAUGACGAAACUGGACGAGAUGGCGAUCAAUUCAACUAUAUCAAGGAUGAAUCAAAAACGUGGCCGGGCCCAUGGGGUACCAGAACGAUAGUUGUCACAUUAUGGGACGCUCAUCACCAAUUUGCCAUCAGCAACGUCACAUUAGGAUCAUUUGUCUACUUGCGCAAUGUCAAAAUCAAACUCGACAAGAGUGGACUAAAGGUCGAAGGAGUGUGUAAUGGAGAUAGAUUUGGAAAGGUCCAUGUGGAGCUUCGAAAACCAAGAGAGGCAACUGGGGACGAUCCGCUUUUGAGUCUCCUUCGACGGAAACGUGAAUACGAAACAAAGGCAACAGCAGAGAACAUUCAUUUUGUGCGUGACGCGCAGAAUAAAAAGAGAAAAGCAGACACAGAAAAGCAGCAUCAGCAGGAAGAAGAGACCAAGAGCAAAAAGCAAAAGGCGCGAGAACGCAGAAAGAAAAAUCGCAGGUCCAAGACAGAGAUCGAAACGGCAGGCAUACCUCUUACACUCAAUCAAGAGAGGCCGCAGCAUACAGUCAACUCAAGUAUACGGUGUUUGAACCAUGACGUACCAUGUACAACGAUUGCAGACAUCCUCGACCCUACAUCUUUGCAGAGGAAAACUCCCAAGGGAAAUUCAUUCUCCGUGCCAUUCCAGAAUUGCAAGUACAAGUCCAAGGUUCGAGUUAUCGACUACUUUCCAGACAAUGUGGAAGACUUUGCAGUUCCUCAGAGAGACUCCGAAUAUGACGUCUUAUCUGACCAUGGCAGUGGCCCUGAGUCUGAUGUUGACCUAUCGCAGGGUAUUGCAGAAGGGGUGAAAUGGGUCUGGCGUUUUUUCUUGCUCAUUGAAGAUGCAAAUCCACAAACAAGUAACGGUAACGUCUGUGCCCAAAUGCAGCUACUUGUCGCAGAUGCCGAUGGGGAAUUCCUACUGAAUCAAGAGGCAUUCGAUAUGAGGGAUGAGAAGAACGGGGUGGAAUUGGCCCGUACAAAAGAAAAGCUCUUUCACUUAUGGGGAGAUCUGCAGGAGUGGAAAGAGGAACACGAAGCCUCAGAGGCGCUCGAUCGUACGCCUCAAGCGAGACCUUUCGAGUGUAUGAUCAAAGAAUAUGGCGCACUAGUUCCAUCAUAUCUCAGGACGUCUCGGGGCCAGGAUGGAGAAUAUGAGAGGUCAUUCAGGAUGUUUGGAGUGACAAUCUGA